AUGCACAAGCAGUUCAUCCAAGGCCCCAAGGUCACUAAGAGCCCAACGCUGACGCCGUUCCUGCAGCUGGAAACGAGCCACGCACCAAAGGAGCCACUGCAGAUCAAGCUGCGCACCAGCGAAAUGGACAUCGUCCUCGACAUUCCCGUCAUCUUUCGCCACGUGCUGUCGAUCAUCGAAAAGAUGCCCGAGAUCACGUCCUUUAUCACCCUUCUCAGUGGCCCUGUGUACACGGCCUUGACAGCGUACGCAGCGGAAGGCGCAUCACCGACAGCGGCAGCAGCCACAUCGGUGACGCCGUCGCCAACAUCCUCACCGGCGUCGCCACCAGCCAAGAAGCGCAGCGACAGCAUCUUUGGGAGCUUCCAGAAGAUGUUUUCAGACGACGACGAGAAGUUGGCUGUGCCGCUGCCCCCAGCCCCGGCACUUGCAGACGACAAGGACCGCAGCGCUGAGGUCAGCAUGAGCGUGGACAUCGGGGCCGUCUACGUGUCGAUUCCCAGCGUCAACGUCAGUCUCUCGUACAUGCGUGGCUGCGACUGA